UUUGACGUAACAAAUGAUUCCCAAAUAUUUUUAAGUUCAUAACAAUGAAAACUAAUAGUUUGCAGUAGUUUCAAAAUUAUUCGUUUCUUAAUAAUAAAACCUAAAUAAAAGGACUAAAUAAUAUGGAGGUCAAGAAUAUACUAUAUGCGUUUUCAAAAGGAAUAUGUGACAGCUUAAGUGGUAUGAUAAAAAUCUUUAAGCUGAAUAAAGAAAUUAAUUUAAGAAGGGGAACAUCACCUGGAAGAAAUGUAUUAAUUAGACAAAGAUCUACUAACACUCCAGUCCGGGAGGACAAAAAUGAGAAUUCUCUAUUAUUUAGAGCAACCAAAUGUGGUGUUUUGAAUGGACUGCUAUUUCUUUCAAGUGUCCUAUUUUUUGAAUAUGCAAUUUGGGCAUUAUUUUCUUACUCAUAUGCAUCUGUGCCCAGAAUACUAGUUAAUGUUGUGUAUAAUGUACCACUGUAUAUUAUUUGCAAAGUAAUCAACAUUGUCUGGUUCCAGGAUAUAGCUGAUGAGGCAUACACACAUUUGAAAGGAAGACCAAAACAAAUAAAAUUCAGCACACUAAUUGCUGAUUCAUUAUUUAGUGUUGUAAUCCAAACACUUUUUCUAGUUCAGGCAUCCAUCACAAAUUAUUUACCAAUUGAAUAUGUUGGAUCAAUACUUUCUAUGAUACAAAUGUGUAUGUUGUAUGCUUUGUACUCAUUUGAAUAUAAAUGGUGUAAUAUGGGAUGGGAAUUGCACAGGAGAUUGUGCUUUAUUGAAGAUAACUGGCCAUACUUCAUUGGAUUUGGUUUACCGCAGGCGGUUUUUACUCAAUUGACUGAUUCUUGGCUGAUAAGUGGUGGAAUUUUUGCUGUGCUCUUUCCAUUUUUUAUUGUUAGUGCUACAGCAUCAGAUCCAGAAAUAAAUUCAAGCCAAUUUUCACUUCAUUUCUUUGCACCUGUGAUACAAAUAUCAAACACAAUAUUCAAAUGUGGCUUGGGACAAAGUAACACUCCUGCAUAUCUUCCUCCAAGAAGUGUUCCUUCCACUCCUAGCAGAGCUUCAAGCAGAAUGCACAGUAGGAGGUGAUUUUUUAAAAAUAUUAGAUAAUUUUAAAUAUUGACAAAUUUAUUUUCUAUCAAUGAACAAAAUUUACAUCUAAUCAUAUAUUGGUUAGUUUAGCAAAAUAUAGGUAUUUGUCUGUACAUAAAUAUAUAUGUAUAUCAUUUUUCAUAUUAUACAAAGUUAUAUAAUUUUAAUUAUUUUGUACAUAUUUGUACUUAAGGUAAUAAAUGACUGAUCUUAUAAGCGACUUGUUAUUUAUUAUAGAUAAUUUGAUAGCUUUUAUAUGGGCCUAUAUUUUCUGUAUGUGCAGAUAUUCGUAAUAUUUAAUUAUGUGUAUUUCUAUCAAUAGUUUAAAAUUAAAUAAGACAUUGUAAUUUUUGUGACCUUGCAUGUAUAAAACAUUUGUGAUGAGGCGGUGAUAUUAAUUCCAGAAAUUGUAAACAUUUUUACAUAAUGGCAUUAAAGGACUGAUAUUUA